UUGAGAUUGCAUCAGAAAUUUUUCUUUAUCUUUUUAGAAAACAUUAAACCAAACUCAUGACGUUCCAGUUAAGUUUAUUAAAACAACUAAUCAAUAUCUACAUAUGAUCACUCUCACCUGUGGAUAUACAUUAUUAAUCAGAUGUACAUGCAUGUUUCAAAUUAUUUGCAAAUGACUUGUGAAAAAAAUUCAUAGGUAUGUAAUACGCCGUAUUCGGUUGAUUUGGAACAAGUUUUGAUUAAUGUAGUUUCAUUUACAAAUAAAAAAAGAAUUUACGAUAUUUUUGAUAUAUCCACAUUUCGAUAUCCCUUCUUUUACUUUUUUAAAUCUAUGCAGACUUCAAUUGUAGCAUACAUACUACAUUCAUUUAAUUAUAUACAAAUGUCUUGUUGUGGAUAAUUAUACGGAACAAAAAGUUGAAAGUAGAAAUUUAUAUAACAUCAAAAAGAACAAUUACAAAAUGGAUCAAAAAGUACAGAAUAUUAUUGAACUCCGAGAUAAAUUUUUUAAAAAAUUAGAUGACGAGGGACCACCCAAUUCGCGAAAUUUUCAUUCUGCAGACAUUGAUAAAAUUAAAUCGACUGAUAAAUGGUUACAACGGUUUUUAGAACAUAAUGAAUUUAAUGUUCAGGAAGCAUUAAAAAUGUUGUGGGAUACUUGUGAAUGGAGAAAAAAUUUUGGCACUAACGAUAUUACUGAAAAUAAUGUUAGAAAGGAAUAUUUAGAAGCUGGAAUCUGCUUUGUUUUUGGAAAAGAUAAAGAUGGAAAAAGACUUUUUAUCAUUAAAUCAAAAUUACAUACAAAAAAUGCAAGAGAUUUUUUAGAACUACAAAAAUGUAUUGUUUAUUGGUUUGAAAGACUAGAAAGAGAAGGAAAUGGAGAUCAAAUAUCAUUAUUUUUUGAUAUGGUGGAUGCUGGAAUGUCAAAUUUAGAUAUGGAUCUAACAAGAUUUUUAAUAGGUUUAUUUAAAAAUUAUUAUCCAAAUUUUUUAAAUUAUAUUAUUAUACUUGAAAUGCCUUGGGCACUUAAUGCUGCAUUUAGUAUAAUUAAAUCCUGGUUGCCUCCAAAAGCAAUUCCAAAAAUAAAAUUUGUCAAAAAAUCUACAUUAAAAGACUUCAUUGAACCUAAAUCAGCAUUAAAAUGUUGGGGAGAUAAAAACGAUUAUACUUUUUUAUUUGUCAGUGAACCACAAUCCAUCAAUCUUUCUAAUGAAAAACCAGAAAAUAGAAAGGUUCAUUUUAUUGGAAAUUCAUGUUCAACUGAUAUGCCUGUUACUAAUUUUGGAGAUCAAACAAAAACUGAAGAUGACAUUUUAAUUAUAGAGCCAAAUAUAUUAACGUUUAGUAAACAUGGAACUGAAGUUAUUGGAACAAUAUCAUUAACAAAUCCAAUGUCUGAACAACAUUUGUCUUAUAAAAUAAAAACUACUUCUCGAGAUAAAUUUAAGGUGCGUCCAAGUACAGGAAUUUUAUUAGCAACUCAAAAAGCCACUGUAACAAUUACUUUACAAACUAGUUGUAGUUCUCAAAGUGUCUUAGGAAAUGAUAGAUUUCUUAUUAUGUGUCUUCCUAUUGAAAAUACAAAAAUUUUAGCUUCGGAAUUAAUUGAUUUUUGGAAGAGUAAUGAAUCAACUGCAAAGCAAUACAGAUUAAUCUGCCGUGACGGAAAUGAAAAUUUAUGUGAUCAAAAAUCAAAUACGCUUUAUUAUGGCAAUGGUUCCAGUUCCAAAACAUCAAUCAACUUAUUAUUCUCAAGGAUCUCUGAAAUAGAAGAAAGACAUAUAAGUCUUCAAAAGGAUAUUACCUUAUUAAAGUAUUUUUUAUUGAUCUCUAUAACUGCAAUACUUACACUAUUAUUUUGGAUUAUUAUUUCUUUUAAUACAAAUUUUUAUAAUUCUAUCAAAGAAGAAACUUGCACUAUAGACAACAAAAUUUUAGUGAAACAUGAUGAAAUUUAGUUCUAGAAAAAGAUGUAGACUACAGUCAUAAAAUAAGAAAAUUUAAAUUUUUCAAGAA